UCGGCGCGAGACGCUCAAAGCGCUAAGAUCGCAUUCCGCGAUCGAGAUCGCGAUCUCGAUCUUUCAUUCUUUUUACUUUAUUUCGUGAGAGUUCACCGACUUUUUAUAGGAUUUUUGUGUGUCUCUAACACUAGUAUUAUACGAUCUCAUUGGACAAAAAGAAUAAUAUAAACAGAGAGACAUACAUACAAAAAGAGAUAAAAAGAAACAAAGCUACGUUAAAAUCACGGCUGAUAAAUUUAAGUUUAAAACUCGUGAAAUGGUGAUAGGAUCUCUGCCUAACAUAUCACUGACCAUGCCGUCGGGAAGGAAAAUCCCACGAGUCUGCAGCUUGACGGUUUACGACGUUGAUUCUCGAGUAUCGCAAGUAGAAGAAAGUCCUGACCUGAUCGAUGGUACGUCUUCAAAUGAAAACAGCAGUACCGAAAAUUCAUCCACGGGACAUUCGCCAUUGGAUAGUCCCAGUGGUAUUAGAGAAAGAAUUAAACGAAUGCAAGUAGAAGCUGAAAUACGACGAGACGAAUUUGCUAGGUUGCUCGAGGAACAUGCUCAAGUCGUAAGAAAAUUAAAAAUGAUGGAAGCGGAAGAACAACUUUCUUCGUCGACGCACGUAGAUGGUACCGGAACUGGGACUGGUACUGGGACCGUCGUUGCUAGUACGCAUGCGUGAUUUCGCGCGAUUCCGCACGAUUCCGCCCGACUCAGCGCGAUUCCACCAGAUUCCGCGCGUCGAACUAAACAAAAUCUCUUUUUAUACUCACGAUUAUUAUUAGAUACAUAUAUAUUGCAUAUAU